UUGUAGUCGCUGCAGUCGGAUGAAAGCGGGAGUGGCAAUGUCCCCAAGCUUUAGCCCUUCUCCGUAAGAUCACCCCCACCCCUCUCUAUCACUCUCUCCCUCCGUCUUGCACAGCAUAGCAUGAGAGCGAAAAAACAGCUUAUUCAUUACACACGACGGAACAAGGGCGAUCGUGCGAGGUCUGCACUACUGAUCGCCUCCACCCCGGCAGAGAGACGAAUGAGGCGGGAGUCGUCGUGAGGAGGCCUUGUGGCCUGACGUGGAAUGACUCAGAGAAGGGACUGUGGUUGCCUCCCUGCUGCUGAGACUCUCACUGCGGCUGAGAAGAUCUUCCUCGCCCCUCCCUGGCUUCCCUGUCACUUGUCACACUUGUCUAACCCCUCUUGCACUACGCGUUGAAGCCAGGACCCGACCCACGACCUCUUUUCUCCCCGUGAUUGAAAAAGCUUUCGCACCCUUCUCCCGCCAUCAUGCGAACCUACUUCCAUUCGCCCUCGGUCCUUCCUUUCUCCACGCCUACCCUCCUCCUGUCUGUCCUCCCCUGUCUCCUGCUCCUCUGCCUUCCUGUCUCGGUGCAGGGUGACUGCUGGCUCAUCGAGGGGGACAAGGGCUAUGUGUGGCUGGCCAUCUGCAGCCAGAACCAGCCCCCUUACGAGACCAUACCGCAGCACAUUAACAACACGGUGCACGACCUGCGUCUGAACGAGAACAAGCUUAAGGCGGUCCUGUUCGCCUCGCUCAGCCGCUUCACCAACCUGACAGACCUGAACCUCACCAAGAACGAGAUCGCCUACAUCGAGGACGGGGCUUUCGCCGGGCAGGCCAACCUGCAGGUGCUGCAGCUGGGCUACAACAAGCUGACUAACCUGACGGAGGGCAUGCUUCGUGGUCUGGGCCGCAUGCAGUGCCUGUAUCUGCAGCACAAUCUCAUCGAGGUCAUCGCCUAUAAUGCUUUCUGGGAGUGCCCCAGCCUCAGCAGUCUGGACCUGUCCUCCAAUAAGCUGGGCCGCUUGGAUUCCACCACCUUCACCAGCCUGAGCCGGCUGAUGGUGUGUGAGCUCGCUGGCAACCCUUUUCAUUGUAGCUGUGACCUCUACAGCUUCCUCACCUGGCUAGAAGCUUUCAACAACGUCACGCACACCUACGACCGGCUGCAGUGUGAAACCCCUCGGGAGUUCUUCGGCUUCCCGCUGCUGAGUCCCAUCGCGGGACACGGGCGUAAUGCCCGCAGCAUCCUGGCAUCCAUGUGCCGGGACGGCAUAUUCAUCCCGGCGAUGACGUCGCUCCCUCCCGACUCCGACUCCUCUGGCUUUGGACCUGACAUGUCCGAACGACUCGGGCCCUUCCACCAGCCCACCCUCUCCUCCUCGACAGACCCCAGCUACAGCCCCAGCAUCAAGCUGCAGCAUGUCACCCUGACCACAGCCUCCCUGCUGGUGCAGAUCCCCAAGCCCUACAGCAAGAUGUACAUCCUGGUGCAGUACAAUGACAGCUUUGUGUCUGACGUCAUGAACCUUAAGAACAAAAAGGAGAUCAUCACCCUGAACAAACUCAAGGCCCACACUAACUACACUUUCUGCGUGGCUUCCAUCCGCAACUCACAGCGGUACAACCACACAUGCCUCUACUUUGCGACCCGCUCGGUGAACGCAGACAACAUUCGACCCAAUCCCUCCACUACCACUCACUACAUCAUGACCAUCCUCGGCUGUCUCUUUGGGAUGGUCCUUGUUUUGGGCCUCGUCUAUUACUGCCUGCGAAGGAGACGCAUACAGGAGGAGAAGCACAACUCCAUCUGUGUCAAGAAAACCAUUCUAGAAAUGCGGUAUGGCCCUGAGAUAGCCGCUGCAGCUAACGAUCCCAGUGCCAUACAGAAGCUCCAUGAGCACCACCAGCACCACCACGGCAAACUUCCACCCUCUGCCUCCUCCAGCACUGGGAUGCUCCAUGGAUCCUCUGCCACAAGCUCAUCCCGGCUCUCCUCCAUCCCCCAGGUGGAGAAGAUGGCCUCGGCUUUCUCAGAAGCCCUGUCAGCGACCAAAGGGAACUACAUGGAUGUGAGGACCUCCUUGUCCAUUGAUGGUGGACUGGGUAUCCUGGGGGAUGAUGGGCAGCAGGAUGAUGAUCUGUCAGACAUUUGUGAUGUCUCGGAUGAUGAUGGCCGAGGUUCCGCAUCAGAAAUCUCCACUAUUGCUAUGGAGGUGGACAAAGUCAAUCAGAUCAUCAACAACUGCAUCGAUGCUCUCAAGCUGGACUCUGCAGCUGUCGCGUCCGCAGCCGCUGUGGCCGCCUCUGCGGUAACAAGCCCCACCUCCCCACCACCAAGCUGCGCCUCCCCUCUUCCCAGGAGCCACAUACCCCUGUCCUCCAGCCUCCUUGAAACUUGCCAGAUCAUGGCAUCCCCCAAAAUACCCCCACCACCCCCUCUCCCCUUUGUCCUGCCUCACUCAGAGCGGCCGGGGAUCAGCGGCGGUGGAUUCCUGUCCCCUCCUUAUCGCCCUCCUCCACCUGCCACGGCGGUCCGGCCCUUGCAGAGGCACCUGAGCGCCGAUGCAGCUGGGGUGGUGUUGGGCCCCAUGAAGAAGCAGUGCAGCAUCUCCUCCAGUGGCUCCAUCAAGAGCUCUCGCGUCUUUAGUCUGGAUGUUCCUGAACCCCGGAGCCCAGACAUGUGCCACUAUCCCGAGAAAGGCAGCCCAGUGGGCUGUGGGGAGCCCCUGGAUAGGCUGCCCCUAAUGGGCUCUGGGGUGGGUAUGUGUGGGGAAGGUGGCCUGAACCCAUGCCUGCAAAUGCACAUGGAGGAGCAUCCGGACUACCAGUGCGCAGAACACCGUCACUCUGUCCCAGCCCUUUACUAUGAGGGCUCCACCAAUUCUCCCACCCAGAUAGCCUCUUUUCUCAACCCACUCACCCGCACCAAGAGGGACGCUGCCUCCUAUUCCCAGCUCUCUCCUCACCACCACAACUUCUCGGGCUACUCCUCGAGCCCAGAGUACUCCACCGAGAAUACCCUCAGGAUCUGGGAGCGCUUCCGUCCCUACAAGAAGAGUCUUCAGGAGGAGGCCUGCUAUGUGACAGCGGGGAACGCCCUGCGAAAGAAGGUACAGUUCGCCAAGGGUGAGGAUUUGCAUGACAUCCUUGACUACUGGAAGGGUGUUUCGGCUCAGCAGAAGCUGUAAGGGGUAGGGAGCCGUGGAAGGGAAUCUCCUUAGGAAACUGACUCUUCCAUUGGCUGAGACUUCGAUCCCCUGCAGUCCUUGACCAUUCACACGUGGGCGAUGGCAUUAAGGGCAUUACACUGAUCAAAGUCCACUUCCAACGCCAUCAUACAAGCUUUUUUUGUUCACCGUCCAACACAAAAUCAUAUAGCAGCUAAAACUGAGGUAUUACGUCACACGACAGGGCAAGAGUACACAUCAGAUUCGUAAAUGCUUUCCUUAAGCUUCACUGCCAGAACAUUUGUUUGGGAUUGGAAGGAGAGCCAUUCACUAAAUCAGAACAGUCAUCUGUGUGUUACUGUGCAAAUAUUUUGGAACGUCACAAGAGCCGUAAUCCCAGGCACCUAAGUUUACAAGAGUUGUGCUUCAGUCCAACAAAUCUACUUGGCACUGUGUUCAUUCUUAAUAGGCACAUUGCCUAAAGAACUACUGUGGUUGUACAUUCCAUUUUCAGAGGCAAAACCACAGAGUUCAGAGCAGAAGCUGAUGCCAAAAUACAGGACAGGGAUGUCCAGUAAUGAGAGGAACAGCCUUUCAGUUAGACCUGCGUCUUUGUCUGCUUCCUGUCCAUGGACCAGCCAAUAAAGACAAAUGAAAGAAAGGCCAUUGAAAGAACCUUUUCACUGAGACACAUACAUUAUUCAUAGUGUAAUAUUGUCUGCUGCAAAAUCAAAAGCUUCCCAUCGUGUACCUGUACUACAAUUGCAAUGAUUUACAUUAGAUGCAAUUUGAAAUCAUUCUGCAUUUAAUGGACUGUCCUCAUCCCGCUUGUGGGCAGUGCAUGCAGGACUGGCCUCUAGACUGUGCUGUUUGUAAGUGGGUCUGGGCUGAGAGUGCGCCACUGGCUCAUAGCAACAUCCCAAAGCUAUAGGAUACAGAUGGUCAAGUCUCCCCGGCCAAUGAGAGGACAGCCAGUUAGCCGCUAAGUAGCCUUGUGGUGUUUUAAGAAAGGUAGUAGCUUCACAGAACUCUAAGGCCAUGUUCUUGUUUAUUAUGAGCAAGGACGUCAUCCAUGUUAGCGCGGAUGCUGUAUGAAUUGUGUCCUUUAGAGCAGCACCGAGCCCUUUGAUCAGAUUAUAUUAAAAUUUGUCAGAUGUGGCAUCAAGUGCCCCACUAAGACGAUGCAAUAAAUUGCUGUCACAUCAAACUUAGCUUGGGGAAGGACAGCUCCACAUCAUCAUUGCGCUCUAAUGAGUUGCUGCUUUCCCCGUGAGCUCUGGGGUUGUCCCCUGAUCCUGACGCCAGUAAAACUCGCCUUGUCUUCUGUCUCGUGGCCCUGGACGCCCCCAGAUGCGUUCAUAGACAGGGCAGCCGUGUCGCUAAUGACGGAGAACUGCCUGGCCAGGCAGGUCAACGUAAAAAAGCCCCAGACACCGCUAUCUGUUACACACACUGCACUUCUUUAGGAGUGGGAGAACAUGCAUUCCUCACAGUUUUCUGUCAUGUUGGGCCGUUUGCGUCAAAUUCACCCUCUAGCAUUUCGCCUACAAUCUCAAAAUGCACCCAUAGAUACCAGCCAUACUGCGCACACAGUUUAUCUCACAGGUAUGUUUGCCCUUAAGAGGUGCCACCUACUGGGCUAAUCCUGCAAGAAGGACCGGCCCGUCAGGUCAGUCUAGACAGUAUGCUCGCAUAUUUCACAGUGAAAUUUCAUCAGCUGAUAUUCGGAAGACGUGUCUGGACUGGAGCCGUGCCAGAAUUCAGUCCUUAGCAGAAGUAAUACAUUUUACAAGAGGCUUUCUUUUGGAAGACGUUCUUGUAUAAGUAGAGGGGAGCAUGGAGUGUUCAGAAAUUUGACAUAUUUCGCAGUUAUGUUUCCUGGAGACUUUGAAGGCCCUGACAGUCUUGGUCCAGCAGGAGUAUUGAUUAGUUAACUCAGAGUUUUUAAGUUUCACAGGCUCUCUUUGGCCUAUUAGCCCAACAUCCAGUCCUUUCAUGAAUCACCAGGACAAAGCAGGAUUCACUUCAGUGACAUUCACACUGCAGGACGGCUGCUGCAGUGUUAUACCCUGUAGACUUAUGCACACUGGAUGAGCACUGUGUCUUUCAGAAGAAAUCAAACUUACAAAGAAGAGGAUCAGUUUGCCUUUUCAAUCUCUGACGGUGGGACUGCAACCGGAGGGGUACUGUGACUCACAUGAACCCAACAUAAGUAAAACGCAACACGCACGCAUGCACACACACGCACACACACACACACACCAGUAUACUUAAUAAAAGGACUGCAAACAAUCCUAUAAAAAGUGAGUCCUCUCAUGAAAAUAAUGACUACACAAAAGAGAAGAUAAAUUAUUUCUGUUAGUAACUAAAUAAGUGUGUGUCAGACCUCUUCUCUGUUACCUCCUUUAGUACAUUUCACAUUUUAAUUAAUGGUAACAGAAUUUAACUGUUUUUAUUUUUUUAUUUUAUUUGGCAGAGAGACAAGCAUGGACGAAGUUCAAAACCAAUUGCUUCUGGGUUCUCGUUGGUAUUCUGAGGGUUUAACCGAACCUGAGGUCCAAGGACAGCCCCUCCCCAAAGGGGUACCCAGGAUCUCUGGCAUUUCAGGGAGGGAAGCUUACUGUGGUUGUUCUUUCAGUCAGGCAAUGUGGCAGAUCUGCUUUGUGAUGUGCAAACAUGUUAGCUUCAGAACUGCUCUAGCCAGGCUUUCUGCUGGUGGGCGGAGCUAAGUUGGCUUCAGCCUAUAUUUGGUCAAGUGAAAGAUACAACUAGAUUGGAUUGGAUAAACUAGACUGGAUUGUGUAACAGUGUGAAGUAUAAAUGCUAACAGCUUUUCUGUUCCUUAAUUUCUUUUGAAAUAUUAAUUCUGUAUUUAUUGAUGGGAUUUUGUUUCUUGUGCAAAUUGUAUUUCAAUCUACUUGUUUUGUAGACGCAGUAAGGAAUUUAUCUCAUCUGCUGUAAUGGACUGUGUUGGUUUGCAUGCACGCGGUGUGUAAAGGUGCAUAUCAGGGGUGGUUCAGCUUGUAUUCAUGGACGGUUCCUCAGGGAUUCGGGAGGCGUGUGUGCAGGUAAGACAUCCCCCAGGUAGAGCCUGGUAAAGAUGUGUCGCCUCUGCAUGUUCAUGGUAGAUUUCUGUCCUCUGGCAUUUCUGCCACUCUCCAUGCCCUUUAACCUCUGUCACAUGUGGUCAGACUCGCCAAGGUCCUAACGAUACGAUUGGGAACCAAACAAAGCAACAAGGAUUAAUAGCCAACCUCUCAUGCCCAGCAAAUGGCCAGCAAAGCACAUUAAAAAGGAAAGUGUGUCAGUGACACUGCAUUAACACCCCCUGGCAUACCAGAAAUAUGCUAUUCCUAAUAAAGUCAGACUCAAGUCUCACUGGAAGUACCAACAAUGUAGGUAACUUUCCUCAUCGUCUUCUUCAGCAUAAAAGCCUAAUUUUAACGCUGGAUUGAUAUUUCAGAUACUGAUGCCUGCAUUUCCCAGGGGGCUCUGAUUAUUUCCUGUGGGUGCUUCUUAAAUUGUCGUUGCAAGAGCAAAUUCUGAUGCUGGAAAAAAUUGCCUUCUUGGUGUCACUCUACCAUUCAGGAAAUCAAAGGAUCAUGUUAAAAGGAGGGUGACCGCAUUGUCCAUCCAUAGUUUGUUGAGUCUGUUCUCCUUUUAUGUGUUGUAAGUUCAGCUCAUGCAUUUGUGCUCCUAGGCUUAAUAUGAAAAGACCAACUGGAUCUUUUUGACCUCUGAGAAAAUGCCAUAAUUAGGAAGAAGGCUUUUAACCGUAAGGUCUCUGCACUUUUUUACCACUGAGCAAUGGCUCUCUCUUUGUAAAGAUUCAGUAACGUUGAUACAUGGAUGUUUAAGCAGGGUUGUAGAAAAGUGAGGAUGGACAAUUAAUAGAGGGGAAAUAUGACAAGGAACAGGAAUAGCAUGAAAUUGGCAGGUGGUUUGGUUUGAUGUGAGAGCAUUUGAAGUUUCGGAGUUGAGGGGGAGGCAGAGAAGAGUGAAGAGACAGAAGGAGACGUUUAAAACGUUUUAUUAAGAUAAUAAAAUACUCCUGAAAACAGUAUGAGCUUUUAGCUACUCUGUUAUUCUCUGUGGCUUUGAAACUGGACUUCAUAUGGCAGAGGGUUUUAACUCAAAGGUGAGAUCUAGCUCUGAUCUCCUGGCCGUUUUAAGGACAUGCUUCUUUGGUCAGAAUAGGGGUCCUGAGUCCAUCUGUCUGUGUGAGUACAGGCACCCUAAGGUACACUAGCUAAACUAUGUAGUAUAAUAUUUUAAAUACCCCUAUACUGUGUUCUCUGCAAUAACAUCUAAUGGCUGAUGACACAUAGAUAGAUAGAUAGAUAGAUAGAUAGAUAGACAGACAGACAGACAGACAGACAGACGGACAGACUAUCUAUCUAUCUAGACCCCAAGGGGAAAUUCAGAUAAAUAGGUGAUAGACGGAAGCUUUACGUUCCCAGAUCAAGAAUAGAAAUGCAUCUAAGCUAUAAAUGACCACAGAAACAUGCCUUUAUAAAUCAAUAUCUAUAAAAAAAUUAAUAAUGUUUAUCAUUGUCAGAUAGAGGCAUUGAAUCCAUUUACACAUCGAAUCCCUGGACUUCGCAAGCGAAGUGGUCGAGCGGCCGUACCGGACGAAGGCACAUGUCGAUUGCUUUUCAUGCGUUUUGGUUUUCGAGAGGCUCUAGUGGCAUCACCCUGACCCAAUCGGUGCAGAUUUUCAAGAGCAUGUGACCUGAGAGAGGGAGAAAGAUCCCAGAAUGAUUAGAAAUGAGUCCCUGUUUACAGAGGCAUUGCUGAUAGUGAGGAAGGCGAGGGAGCAGCACUGGCACUCUGAAGUGUGCCUUUAUGCUAAAAUUAAUAAUAAGUACACUAGCCGUCUUUUGGCAGGAUCAGGGGCGAAAUUAUGUGAACGUGUGGGAGUUUCUGGGGGAGUUUUCAUACUGUGGCUUUUAUUGUCUUAUUCCUUUAUGUGUACGUGCUAGUUAAUUUAUAAAAUACCCACAAUGCAGAGGUUUACACUGGAGAGCCUGUCCUUGAUUACAGUGGUAAACCACCCCUCUAUGUACUUAACAUGUCACUGUCUGUUCUGGAAGGUUCUAGGACUGGGCUCUGAUGGUCAGUCAUCAGGAGAACAUUGAGGAACAAGUGCCAAAGUGUGCUGCAGGCAUGUGUUGCCAACGGUAGAUUUUUAUCUGGAAAAAGUGUUUUAUUUACAUUUUGUUUGGUUCAUUUUUUUGUCUUUCCCCAUACAAUUUUUGAAAUGUUUGAUUUCUUAUUACAAAGACUUGGAAAAUGAAAUAUCUGUGAAUUUUGUACACUUAAAAGAACAUCUGACUUUUUUACAGAGCUUGAUCUGUGUGCUGUUGUUCUGGUUUUUCUUUGUGGGGGGGUUACAUCAGGGGAAGCCAGCUGUGGCUUUUGGAUCGGGGGGUAUACAACGAUCUGUAUUAAAAUUAAAUGUUAAAUGAAAAACCGACCUUAUAUUUGCAUGAUUUACUGUAUUUUUCAAGACAAAAAAAAAUUAUAUUGCUGUGUAUCAUGGGUGGAUGUCUGUCAAAAGCUAAACAAUAGGACUGAAAUAUUUGUCAUAUCCUUGUUUAAGAUUUAGGUUUAGGAUUUCGUUUUCGUUCUACGCUCUGCACCCAUCUGUUCCUCAUUGUUUCUGGUCUGAGUUCUGUGUUUCGUACGUCUCUGUUGUAAUCUUUGAUAGAAUUCUUACUGAGUAUAAGAGCACGUGAUACAACGGAGCUAAAGGUCUAGGGAAUGCCAUGGGAAAAGCGUAGAGCGUAUUGUUGGCCAAUUCUCCUGUCUGCCAUCUUGGAUGAGCCCCCUUAAAUUUACCUAGAGUCGCCAUGCGUCUUCACGGGAAGCUGGUAAAUACCGUACGUCAUAGUAUACGAGGGCACUUUAAAAUUUGGACACGGCAGAGUAAGAGUGCUCUCUUAAAGAGCUCUGCUAGGAUAUACUGGCAUGUAUUUUCAUAUUGCAAUGUCAGUUAAUAAAUAUCAAGUAAUAUCAUAUAAUCAACCAGAUUAAUGGCAACUCUACCAGUAAGAAGUGUUUGGGCUGGGCCUUCUGUAGCUGGUUAUUCUCCUGGCCGAUGACAUAACGACUGCAGCAGCUUGUAGGAGCUUCUCUUCAGACACCAAGAUGCUAUCGCUGGGCUGUGGAUGCCUUUGCCUCUUUAGCAGCCGCUGUUGUGGAAGAACAGAUGACUUUUAAUGUUGAACUGAGAAAAUUGGAACAGGCAAUCAGUAAUGCAGUAUAGUUAAGGGAUAAAUUGUGUUGUACUUUAAAAAUAACCAGAACAGACUAAUUUGGGUAACAUUAAUAAUUUCCAGGGAUCUGUAAUCUUUCGCCAAGUUCCUGGCAUGUAAAAUUCCCUUUAAUUGUAUACGGCUUAAAUACUAUUUAGGAACAGUGUUGUACGUUUCCAGAUAAAUGUGCUCCCGAUGAAAACAUUACUCAUCUCUUUCUGAACCAAUAAACAGUCGGGACAGAGCAGUGAUUGGCGGCCUUAAACCCCAAUUAGAUCAGGACCCCACCAAAUGUGGCUAUACAUUUGUACUCUGUUGGACAGAUAAGCUGACGCCCACUGAUCCAGUUACACAGACCCAGAUGUUUAGCAAGGGAACCACUUAAUCUGCAGGUUUUUGUGCCGCGUCGGCAUCAGGCUGUCCAGGACGCGCUGGGGAGCCGGGUACCCAGUGGAUGUUCCUCCUGUGAUAUACGGCACCUGGGAAUCCUGUUCCUUAUGUAACUGAUGAGCGUUGCUGGGGGGCGCAUUUCUGCCACAGGUGACUGUCCCAGGUUGUUUUCCCGGCACACUGUCCUUUCUGAUAUGUAGGAGGCCACACGUCCGCCCUCAUCUUACUGUCGCUUAUCCCCGAGAAGAGAGAGUAUAUUAUACACUCAUGUACAUAGCUGAAAAUCUGUAUCAUGUGCUUCUGUUGCUCAGGCUUCUCAUUGGUCGAAAAUCCCAGUGGGGCCUUUAUCACACCGUAAGUAUAUCUGUGUUACACGGGUGUUCAAAAUUUUGUAAUUGUUAUGACAUUUAAUGUGCUUUUCUUAAUUUCUUUGUGGCAAAGUUUUUCCAUGGCAACACUAAGACCUUUAACCCGAUGAAAUGGAUGAACAGACACGACUAGAUGAAAGGCUUGCGUGAUCUUUUUAUAGAUCAUCUAUAACAUCGUGUCUUUUGCUUUAACAUAUUCUCUUAGUUAUGAAUAUUAAAAAUCUGUUGUAAAAACAUAAUAAGUCACUAAAUUUGGUUGCUUGCUAUAUUCAGCUUUUUUAUAAAGACAUUUAACUUUCUCCUCCCGAUUUCUGUACAAAAAAUCUA